UCUUCUACUUCUCUCUCUCUCUCUCUCUGUUUAUCAAAAUCUCACAUCGAGACGAAAUUAGAGCUACUCAGACUUGUUCUAUUACACUGUUACCUUCUCCAGAAAAAGCGUUACCUUUUUAUUGUUUGUCCGUACGAGGAAGAAUCUAGGAGACAGAGCUAGCUGAUUAAUUUUGUGCGAAAGAUGCAACUUUUUCAUAGCUGUUGUGGUAAAGGAUUUGAUGGUUUACACAGGAAGAAGAAAGAAAAGGAAGAGCCAUCUUGGAGGGUAUUUUCAUUGAAGGAACUUCAUGCGGCCACUAACAGUUUCAAUUAUGAUAACAAACUCGGUGAAGGCCGAUUCGGUAGUGUCUACUGGGGUCAGCUAUGGGAUGGAUCACAAAUUGCAGUCAAGAGAUUGAAGGCAUGGAGUAACAGAGAGGAGAUUGAUUUUGCUGUGGAAGUCGAGAUUCUUGCUCGUAUUCGUCACAAGAAUUUGUUGAGUGUUCGUGGCUACUGUGCAGAAGGCCAAGAACGUCUUCUUGUGUACGAGUACAUGCCUAAUUUGAGCUUGGUUUCGCAUCUUCAUGGCCAGCAUUCAGCUGAAUGCCUUUUAGAUUGGACCAAGCGAAUGAAGAUCGCCAUAAGUUCUGCUCAGGCUAUUGCCUACCUACACGACCACGCAACCCCACAUAUAGUCCAUGGAGAUGUGAGAGCUAGCAAUGUGUUACUAGAUUCUGAAUUUGAAGCUCGGGUUACAGAUUUUGGAUAUGGUAAGCUGAUGCCAGAUGAUACUGGAGAUGGAGCUACCAGAGCCAAAAGUAAUAAUGGAUAUAUCUCACCAGAAUAUGUUACAUCAGGAAAAGAAUCAGAAACUAGCGAUGUGUACAGUUUCGGUAUCCUUUUGCUGGUACUGGUUAGUGGCAAGAGACCACUCGAAAGGCUAAAUCCAACAACAACGCGAGGUAUAACCGAGUGGGUUUUACCACUUGUUUACGAAAGAAAAUUUGGUGAAAUCGUUGAUAAGAGGCUGAGCGAGGAGCAUGUGGAAGAGAAGCUGAAGAAAGUAGUCUUGGUGGGGCUUAUGUGUGCUCAGACAGAUCCAGACAAGAGACCAACAAUGUCUGAGGUCGUGGAGAUGCUGGUGAAUGAAUCAAAGGAGAAAAUGUCUGAACUUGAAGCCAAUCCGCUCUUCAAGAAUCCAUAUAGCAACAACGAAAACAAUAGAGAGCAUGUUACAGAGGUAAGCUCAGAUGUGAUCUCAGAAGAGAAAGAUCAACAACAACAUGAAUAGGAAUGGUUAGGCACAGGAAUUCGUUUGCUCAGAUUAUUUUUUAUGAUCAUCUGUCCAUAUUUGGCUAGUUUUUCUCUAUCACUGGAUCAUUAUCCGGAGGUCGUGCUUAUUUUUUUGGUGUGUUUCUUGGUUCAUAUUUCAUAACAUUGAUUUGAUCAUUACUGGAGAUUAGAGUUUGUAAGGUGUGGUAUUGGCUCAUAAAAAGGCAAUUGUGAUACUUUUGGUAUU